AUGAAAAGUGUGAAUGGAAAGAUUUGGCGUAACUCCGCAUCUUUAAUACUACUCAGUAAGCGGUAUCGUGAUUUUGUAUCGUGCCGCAGCGGCAGUGUUAAUUACGACGUGUUGUUGCAGACUCGUGCGGUAUCUGCAUCGUUCCCAAACUCGGUUGUGUUCCCCGGCGGGGUUGCGGAACCUGUGGACGAGAACGUAGACUGGCUUCAUCACCUCCAGUCGUUCGGCUACACACAGAACGACUUCAAUGCGUUUCAUCUUGCAAACACUCCGUCAACACCCAUAUUCCAACCAGACCCUAUAAAAAGGCAUAUUUCUCUAAGAAUAACUGCUAUUAGAGAAACUUUUGAAGAGCUAGGUGUGCUCAUCUGUAGUAGAACACAUAAAGGGAAGAAAACACAGCUAAGUGCUGAUUUAAUUUCAGACAUAGAUAUUAAAUCUUGGCAGAAAAAAGUAAGCAGCAAUCCAGAAGAACUCCUAAAUCUAUGUAAAGAACACAAGUGCUAUCCUGAUAUAUGGUCCCUUCACUUCUGGAGCAAUUGGUUGUCACCUGUAGCCUUGCCAAAAAGAUUUGAUACAGCUUUCUUUGUGGCGGCACUGGAUAAUGAAAUACCCCAAAUAAGUAAUAACUCUGAAGUCACAGAUGUAAAGUGGUCCAGUCCCCAAGAAAUAUUAGAAAAAAACCUAAGAAAAGAAUUGGAACUAUAUCCUCCACAAGCCUAUGAAUUAAAUCGGCUUAUACACUUCAGCGACAUUGAUGUGUUAGUUAAAUAUGCAGCUGAAAGAAGCAGUAGUGGUUGCGAGUUGAUUUACCCUGUUGUUGUUGAAGCAAAAGAUGGAAAAAUACACGUUCUCCCUGGUGACGAUUUGUACCCGUUAAAUGUAAAUUAUAAAGAAGGUGCAAACAUACUUCAUCCUGAAAAAACUAUUUUAGAGCUGAGAGAAAACUGUCAUAUGCUACACCGAUUAGAAAUAACAUCUUUGAAAGAAUUCAAAACAGAAUUUGUGUUUCGCAACCACCAUCCUCCUGACCAUAUAAAUAUGGGUGACAAAAUAAUCUCGGUUAACUCAACACUUCAUAAAAAUGUUAAGUAA